GUUCGACUAGGAUUUAAACCGACUGGGAUUGAUCCUGCACUCUGGACACGGUUAAACUCGAUCCUACCCUAUCGUCUAGAGAUGUGAGGAAUGAUCACGUGGGUGAUGGUCGGGCUUCUCCUGGCUGCGGAAACUUGCGGCAGAAACGUCCUCUCCGGAAACGGAAACGGAAAGGAGGAGACGAAGCAGAAGGACGGUCUGAAGGGAGUCACCACCGCCGAAGAGGAAGACAUCUACCGUCUAACGUGCUACACUUGCGUCAACGUCAGCGAUAACCAGAUGUGCAACGAAUGGGCGAUAGAUACACCGUGUCCGGCAGGCGGCCGAGACUUCUGCAGAUCGCUGCACAUUUUGGACAGCCGGGGGAAUAGCGUCUUGGUGAGCAAGAGCUGCGCGAGCAGCGCGGAAUGCGGUCCAGCCUCGGUCGGUUGCAUCCCGGUGGACACGCAGCAGAUCUGCAUCAGUUGCUGCGACCUGAGCUACUGCAACAUCGAGUCGCCGACAAACUCAACUAACGCGAUAUUCUCGCGUAAACGGAGGGCUAAGUCGAAGUCGAAACGCAAACGACCGGGUAGAAACGGCGUGGAGGGCAGCCGAUUCUACGGUGGCGGUGCCCUGUGGCUUCUCGCCUCACUCUUCUAUGCAUAUCAUUGCUGAGGAAGCAUCAAGCCGACGUGGAAGACGGUGAAUCUAGUUAGAAGACACGAACCACCACGUGCACCAGGCAGCACCGG